AUGGUCAAGGAGGUGCGGCCGCCGACGGUUGUCAAACCAAGAUCAUCGUUGGGCGACCAACAGGUUGCAGAAGCAGCAGAACCAUCCGGCUCAAAGCUUCCUGUCGCUUCGUCGCGUAUCCCACAGCCGUCGCGCACCGCCCUUUCACAACGCGCAAACAACCAAAAGUCCGCCCAGCCGACCAAGCUACCGACUCGAGCACGCGCCAAGCCCGCUGCGUCGUCCAGUGCACAGAACGUGCCCAGGCGACCCGCUCCUACUCGUGCCAUCUCUCCGGACCCUCUGUUAAUAGCAUCGACAUCUCGCCGACCUCCGGCGGCGGCAGAGCCCGCUGCACCACCGCGCCGUCAGGCGGCACGCCAGCCUGUCCGAGCAACCGGCGGAGCGACCCCAACGUUAAAUCGUCCAGACGACACCUUCGUGUUUGGGCGCCUUGAUGAAGACGACACAAUGAUUGGGCGCAUCGCCUUGCCGUCCGAUAUGGCAGCGUUGAGCUCGUCGGAGAUUGAAGACGAAGAGGAUGCCCCCACCCCAAAACCCCGCCCGAAGGGUCGGGCCGUGACUGGCCUAGGAAGGUUGUUGACACCCCAAGCUAGCAGCCAGGAGGUCUCGUCACUUGCUGGUCCUUCAACGCGUAUAGCCAGUCGCCCUUCCAGACCACGGCCCCCGACACCCGAAUCGCAGGAGGUCUCCUCUCAGGCCCGUGCACCUGACAGUCCACCGCGCCGAACCGUCCCCUCGGAUACAAUCGAGGAAUACGACACGCCGUUGAGAGAGCCUCCCGAGCCGACACGCCAAAGGCAGGCACGUCUGAGCGACACCCCGAAGGCGAGCACCAAGCGCAAGUCAUUACCGUCCGCGCCAGAUACCGAGAGACCGAAGAGUGCCAGGAAACGAGUCGCGACUCCGACAUCAUCAGAUUUGAGCGUACACAACGUAACGACUACCCCGGCUGCGGCCCCUCGGAGUCGAAAUGCCCCCUCCACCGAACCGCAGGCGCGUGAAUCGGCGAAGAGGCGCGCUCCUACUCCCAAAACCCAGACGCCGAACCGUAAGAGGCGCUCGUCUACGGUUGAGAGACGGAAGACAAUGUCGGGGUCCACUCCUCGGAAGCCACCCGCAGAGGUACUCGCCAGCCGUGGUAUAAGGGUUGGCAUCGCUCGUGAGGCUCUCAAGCCCACACCGGGCGACGAUCCACUACUCUUGAUGGGAGCUUCAAGGGAGCGGCGACGACGCAUGAGUCAAACGCCUGGAUGGUCUCCGCAGAAGCGCGUUCUCCUCAGGACUGCGAUGACUGAGCCCCGCCCCACGACCACAACCUUCGGUUUCCCAGCUCGCCAGCCUCUCAAGGCGCCACUUCUUGGUGUCACGGAGGAGGCAGCGGCCGAGGACGACAGCGCAAAUCACGACUAUGGAGGAGGCGCAAGUGACGAUGACGGUGAGGGCGUUGGAAAUGACACCUUUGUCGACGUGCGCAGUCGAAGAGAUUUACCAUCGCGGCCGCCUUCGGCGCUUGGUGCGGCCAGACCCCCUGAACGAUCAAGACCAACGACCCCUGCCGAGAUUGCAUCCACACGACUAGCUUCAGCUAUCGCAAGAUCUCGUUCCGCGUCUCGGUCAAACUCGCCUCCAGCGACGAGGUCAGCAAGCCCUAACCACCCAUCGCUUCUCCACGGACUGCAGCGGUUCGUUACACCCGCGGUUGAGCCUGGCGAGGAGAAUGAAGAAAGCGAAGCGGCGGAUCUGGAGCCAACUUACGUUUCUCCUGUGGCUUCGCCCAGAGGGACGCCGCACCCAGGAGAUGACAAUGAGGACACGCAUGAGCCCGAAGACCAUGAAGACCUCGUCAUGGCCGAUGGAUACAGGUCGCCGUCGUACUCGCCCGGGCCGCCCGGCGCGGCUUCACCCAGCAUGUCGCCGCCCAUGUCCUUUGACGCACCGACACCAAACGUGGCCAACGCCUUAGACUUUGACAGCCCGUCCUUGCAGCGCAUUCUCCGUGGGUCUGGCUCCCAAGCGUCAGACACGUUCAGUCCAUCAGGGGCAUCCCCACUGCUUCCGCGACGAAUCUCAAGGUUCGCCCCUAUUAGCAGUGAUCCACCAGCCCCUCCAAGCUUUACGGCCCCCGCCGACCGAUCCACAGUCGCCGUGGACGAGGACGCCGAUCACUCCGAUUCGUUUGAUGCCGAGGAGGACACUGUCAUUGCGCGGCAAUCGCCCGAUGUGUCCACCGAAGCCUUGGAUCCUGAAGAACUUGGCGAGGACGAACAACCAGAGGAGCCACCUGCCACCCUGGCCCAGGAAAUGCCUGAAGACGACCAAGAUGUUGAGGAGGAGGACGAGCACAACAACCUACCAGUUGCCCGAUCCCCAAGCCUUGGAUACUCUCCUUCUCCUGAGCCGGAGGGCGACGACGACUUGGAGGGUGACACUGUCAUCAUCGCGGACGAGACUAUGGAAGCAGAGGACUCGGGCGAGCUCGAGCCCCCAGUGACUGAGACUGGUACGCCUGUCGCCCAGCCACCGACCGUUGAAGUGGCGCUCCAAGAUUCACCUCGCCAAGCGACACCUCCAAUCCGUGUUGUGGUAGAUCAGUCAUUGGCAGUACCCUCGACGUCCAACACGGCCCGGGCCCGAACAGAACCGCCAGUGCCAUCGUCGCCGUUCGUUAGCCGUACUGGCUUCCGUUUCUUCAGCCCGGCCGCCAGCAGCGUCGACUUAGCCCGUCUCUCUCCGGCACCGGUGGACGUCGACCGUCUCUCCCCAGCUCCUGUGACGAACCGCCUGUCACCUGUCCCCGAAACCGCUGCCCGGCGAUUGUCGCCGCUUGCCUCUGCCCCUGCGCGCUUGCCUCUCUCGCCGGUUGCCUCGGCGAGGCGAUCAGCUUCGCCCAUGCUUCCUACGCGCGUCUCGACAGCUUCCGCAUCCUCGGUCCAUGAAGGCCUUGACGAGGACCUCGACGCCACUCCGCUCGAGCCGUCGAGGGAGCCUUCCCAAGGACCGUCGACGGAGGGUCAAGACGCAGUCGGCGACACCAGUGCAGUGCCCGACUCCGAUGAAACUCGCACUGCAGGCAUGGCUGAUAGCUCUGGGGAGCAGUCUUCCACCGAGAUCGACGCCGCAGCGGAUACUGUGGUGAUCGAGGGCGCGAGCUUUGAUGUGGAUGCCACAGCAGACACGAUCGCUGUGGACAGCGACCCCGUUCAUGUGCACGCGGACGAGGACGAGGGCGUCGAGGAAGCCGAAGCCGACCAGUCGAUGAGCUCCCCCAGAUGGCGGACGACCAGCAACCGCUCGUCUAUCGCGGACGUUGUCAACGCCGCCAUUGCGGCAGGUAUGGUUCUCGACGACCAGAGUGCACCUCCUUCCAGUGACCCCGCUGUUCAAGAUCCACCAUCGACUCCAUCACGGCCCCUGACUGAAGCAAUGGCCACGACUCCCACUCCGGAUCGUCGAGAGGUUACGACCAAGGAGCCCGUUGGUCGUUCUUCUCCGUCUCCGGAACCUCAGCUGUCCGACGACGGCUCCGAGGGUGUGCCCGAUCCCGAGCUACCUCUGGGUUUCAGACGUCGCAUGGACGCUGGUAUAACGCCAGUCCGCCCGCGCGUCUCUGGUGCCUCGCAGCCACCUGCGUCCAGGCGAGCUAGCGCAGCUCUUCACGUUGAGGAGCCGGCAAGCUCGUCAUCUCCGGUCCCUCAACCACUGCAGGAAAGCACAUCGCUUCCACACCCAGCUCCCUCCCCAGUCGCUGUGUUGAAGGAGAGGACCCCUCCUCCCGCUUCCCCACCAGCCACGCAGCCGUCUCCUCCAUCACCUGCGCUCCGAACCCGGGCCGCUUCUCAACGAGCCACGACCGCCACCCCGGCCUCAGUACUGGCAACGGCGCCACGAUCACUACCUGCAUCCACUGAGCGCCUCAGGUUUGAGGCAGUGGAGAUUCCUACACGCCGCAACAGGCUGGGGUUUCCACAGGCCGCCGAGGGACCAAGUCCCUCGGCAACCGCUGGUGAGCCGUCUACUCCGCGGUACUUUAUCCGUCGGUCGAGAGGGGCGCCUGGCGUGACGUCGCAAUUGUCACCUGGAGAAGGAUCUGCAACAACGCCCCGUGUUGACCACGACGGGUCCGCCUCUCCACCGUCUCGUACGCGACACUUGGAAUCUCCACUGUCCUUGCGAAGCGAAAUGACCUCCCAUGCCUCUCCGUCUGCAACUCUCAACCAUGCCGCCGUCGACACGAAUCGGAUGCCUCCCGGUGCCAGAUCGCCCUUUCGCCCGCACGGCGUCUCGCCGAUUUCGUCGCAUAGCCCGAGGUUGGGGCUGUCGCCCGCCAAGGCGGCCUCCGAACAGGCCACAGCUUCGUCAACCCUGCAAGCGUCGACAUCGACGUUGGUUGACGAAGUGGUGCGCACCACUCCCUCGUCCUCGUCCUCGUCCUCGUCCUCUUCCAUCGAGGCGAGUUCACCCCCGGCGGCGGCUAGCGACUCCUCGCCGGAGCGCCCGGUCUCUCCUGUGCGUCAAGCUGCUGCCUACCGAUUUAGCGUCACUCCCAGGAGAACUCCAGUGCCCGAGGUCGACCAGCCAGGCUUCAUGCCAUCCUCACCGAUGUCACCAACCAACCUAUCGCCCGCGUUGUCGUCUCGGCUGUCAUCGGGGCUCACGCACAACUUUGGUUCUGUGGCAGUUGGUUCUCCGAGCCGCGCUCCCCGCCUCGCCUCGCCCAUGCUGUCCCGAUCGAAUGCAGUUGAGGUUGAGGACGAGGAGCGGAGGACGAACGACGCGCCUCUGGUCCUGAACGGAGGCCACGAUACCUCACUGGAGGCCCCGUUUGAGGAGGAGGAUACCGUGGAAGCUCCCUUUGAAGAGGGUGACACUUUGGAGGCUCCUUUUGAGGAGGGUGACACCUUGGGUGCGUCUUCUGAGGAAGAGGAAACGAGCGAGAUUCAUCCACAUGAUUCGGCCAACAAACAUCCCCAGCCCGAAGUUCCUCUGAACAACGUUGCGACGGCGACGUCUCCAGAGCCCACGACUACAACCACGGAAGUACUGGCGCAGACGUCUCUCGACGACUCCUCGAUUGAGGAGCCUUCUGACGAAGAUGACAGCGACCAGCCCGUCGACUCGAGCGAUCAAGCCGCUUCCGCUGUGACCCCCGAACCCGAGCCACUUGCGGCUGUGCCCUCUGCAAGCCGUGAUGACUCCAUUGUCAACCAUGUUUCAUCCGUUGAGCCUCUGCAGGGUCAAACCCCUAUUGCUCUGCCUUCGGGGCCAACCCCUGCCAGCUCGCGGCCUUCAAGCCAGUCUCCUGCGUCUGCUGCCCGGUCGCCUUACAACUCGACUGCCCCCAUUGGCCGCACACUGAGCUUCUCCUCCGCAGCCCGCACCCCAGUCGCGACAUCUCUCCCAAGACCACCCCUUGUCGACUAUGACAGCGAUGACAGCGACGACAUUGGCGCGAACGACACCAUCGAGGGCGUCACGGGAGCGUGGGAUGUCACAGCAGCUGACGUGAGGUUUGACGAGGUCGCCACGCGCGCCAUUCGCUUUGAGGAUGCCGAGAUCAACGACAGCCGACUCGAAUGGAACAUUACGGCCAUUGCACCCGCUGUCGGCGCGGCCGCUGCUUGGGCCUCGCCUCGCCUCGCCUCGCCGUCGUCGCCCUCCGUCCCCCCUCAUGCAAGCCCUUCAAGAACCCCGCGGUCACCCGUGGUGCAACCUCGAGCUCGCACACCUGUUGUUCCUCUGUCGCCAGCACAAAGCGCGCGGUCCCAGUCGCUCUUGGCGCCGCAAUCACCUACGCGAAGAGUGCGCGGGCCUUCGCCCUUGGCGGUGCAUUCGCCAGCCCGAGCCGUACGAGACUCAUCCCUCCGCGCCACUCAAUCGCCUGCGCAAGUGCCAUCCCAGCGCGGCGCGCCGUCACCUUCUCUCCGCUCUUCCAUUCCUUCCUCUGACCGCGGCGCGAGUGAGGACCCAGAGGAGGCCACAAAUCGAACUCUUCGACAGGACGCGCCACCUCCACCUUCUGACGGCUUCCUCCCAACCUCAUCCCCCGCCAAAGCUGCCUUUCUGUACCAAGACGAAGGUGUUGAAGUCGAUGACGAGGAGCCUGCGGACUUGACUGUCCUGGCCAAUGGUCACUGGGAUGAGCUGAGGGUCGGUGUCGAGUCUGAUCUCCAUGGCCAGCCCAACGGUCACUACGACGAAGAGGAACAGUCCUAUGAAGAUCAACCUGAUGAAGACGCCGACAACGACGACUUGGACCAUGGAGACGGCGACGACGAGCUGGGCGACGAGGGUGAAUACCCCGAGGACGAGACAGAUGACGACGAAGAGGUCGAGGUGAACGCCCCCGCCUCAGACGACGGCAGGAUCCUCCUCGCUCUUGUUCCCCGCGGCAUUGUCAAGGUAGAGCCAAACGAGGUGCCGCACGACGCUCCCCCAACAGCGCAAUCUCCAGCACAGCAGCCGCCUGCGUUAGUGUUCCCAGCUCGCAUUGGGGUACCCUCCCCCUUCGUUCUUGCGGCGCAGUCUAGACCAAGAGGCUCUGCUCAGGCUGUUGACCAGUUCCGCCCUACUCAGGUGCCGCCUUCCGCCCCGGGGCCGCCAAACCGCGGCGCCGCUGAUGCGAGCACCUUGUCGCUCCUCAACGGACCCCCGGCUGAGAGUGAGACUUUGGACGAGCCACGGCCAUCGACUCGGCGCCCGCCGACUCAGCCGAAGGUUCCCACACCUCUCCCUCCCCCACCACCACCGGCCCCCGCCUCCUGGCAAACAUCCCGGCCCCGAAUUCCCUCUGCCCUUGCCCAAGAGAUCUCCAACAGGAGUGCGGCGUCGAGCGUCCAGCCGUCGCCAGCCCGCUCCCUUCACGACGAGCUCGAGAGCGCAGCUGCCGAGAACGAGUCGAUCGCGGCAAGUGAUGACGAGUCGGAGGCCUCGUCGGACCCCUUCAACUCGGUGGUAGAAAUCGUAUCGGCGGACCCCUUCGCUGCUGCCCGUGCCGCGGCCAUUUUAAAGGUUAACUACGAAUAUGUCGAGCACGGUAUCCUGCCUGACGGAACGCCUGGACCUGUCACUCGUCCCUUCCUGAGGACAGCCUCAGAAAUUGCCGAAGACGUCGCGAACCGAUCGUUCCCCGAUGGCACGCUUGACCUGCAGUCGAUCGUGCACGACGCCGAGCUCGACCUCUCUUACCGGGCCGACUGGUCACGAUCCCCCAGCCACAUUUCGACGUGCGCGCCCGACAGUCCUCUACCGAUCCCCGGCGGCUGGGGCAACCGCUCCAGCUCUAAGAGAAAGCGCGAGGUUGGACCUGAAAGCACAGCGCGCAAGAGGCGGACUCAUGACGCCUCGCUGUUUACCAAGGCCAACUGGGGGCUACUCAACAAGGUCUACCGGAGCGAACGCCGCAAGUGGAUCCAGGAACGUGAUAACGGUUCGGCCCGCGAAUGGGACGAGUCACGAGUAGUGGAGGCGUUCGUCGAGAAACAGCAGCUGUUGGAGACGGACCUUGUCGCUCGAUGGAGGAGGGACCUGCUCGCAGACUACGUUGCUGCCCUAGGGCGGCGCUUAUCUGGCAAAGACAAAGGGAAGGGUAAACAACCCGACGCAAAUGGUGCACAUGACGAGCCCAACGCGACCCGAGUCGAGCCUGUCCCUCCUUCGACGAUCAAACGAGUCAUCGACUGGGUCUGGGGCGUUGGCACUGGUCGGAAACGAGGGUCAGGAGGGAUUGUCAAGCGUGUCCAAACCCCGUAUGUCGGUGGGGCGGGUUACGCGUCUCCAUCCGACGACCCGUACCAGCAGGACGACUCGAACGCCAGAAUCAACUAUUCACGCUCGCGUCGGUCGGUGUCUGUUCAAAUUCCCGACGGUGCUGGCGGAUUACAGCUGCGCACUCUGGAUGAGACCUUCGACAUUGGCGACGUGACGAUGGCACAGACUCCCUCUCGUCCUGUCACCCGCCAUCACCGCCCCCUCGAGGUCGCCUCCCGCGCGCCGGCUAUUGUGGAGGAGGAAGAAUCCGGGUCGGCCGAUGAAGCUGAGGAGGCUGAGGAGUCUGUGAGCGGCGACAAUGGCUCUGCGCACGAAGAGGAGGAAGAGCAGCCACCAAAACGGGCUCGCCGCCAGUACGCACAGCCUGCCUCGCGCGCAUACCGUUACGGCGCUGGGGACGCGGACAACACCCGGCGCCUGUUCGCCCCUGUCUACCCUUCGCUGCCUGAGCGGACUGCUGCGUUAACGUCGGUCGUAUCUGGCACGCCUCGGCCACUCGUCAAGGUUAGAUCUGGGCCGAAACACGCGAUCCCAUUCCCGCUCGGUGGGCCAUCGUCGUCGCGCUCGGCGUUACCCGGUGGCCCGACUCCGCACGUGAAGAACAUUGUGCGCGGGUUCGAGGAGAGCCGACAGCUGGACCUGAGCUACGAGAGCCGGCGGCGUGAGAAGGAGAAGGCGAGUGUGAGCGGGCUGCGACGCGUGUCGAGCCGUGUCGAGAGUUUAAACGAGAGCUUUGCGCAGAGCAGCGGUAGCAGCUUUGAGCACGACUACGAAUAG